AUGUUCGGAGUUUGUCGUGGUUUACCGGGCGUGAGCGGCGGCGACGGCACGCGUCCGGAACGACCUUACUUCGACGACGUGUCGCCUCGGAACGUGUCCGCCGUCGUCGGACAGGCCGCCGUGCUCCGGUGCCGGGCCAAGCACAUAGGGAAUAGAACUGUAUCAUGGAUGAGGAAACGUGACCUUCAUAUCCUAACCUCCCACAUCUUCACAUACACGGGGGACGCGAGGUUCAGCGUCCUGCACCCUGAGCCCUCAGACGACUGGGACCUGAAGAUAGACUACGUGCAGCCGAGGGACGCAGGAGUCUACGAGUGUCAGAUCAACACGGAACCAAAGAUAAACAUGGCUGUGAUACUUACGGUCGAAGCGGCUGCGGCGACCAUAUGGGGUUCGCAGGACGUGUACGUGAAGAAAGGCAGCACAAUAUCGCUGACGUGUUCAGUGAAUGUGCACUCGUCGCCGCCCUCCACUGCCUCAAUUUUAUGGUACCACGGUAACUCCGUGGUGGAUUUCGACUCCCCUCGCGGGGGGAUCAGUUUGGAGACGGAGAAGACUGAAGGUGGCACCACCAGCAAGCUGCUGGUCACAAAGGCCGCGCUGACGGACUCCGGCAACUACACCUGUGUGCCCAAUAACGCUCACCCUGCCUCUGUGUCUGUGCACGUGCUCAAUGGCGAGCACCCAGCAGCGAUGCAGACAAGCAACCGAGCGUCGUCCUACCUCACGUCACAGCUGAGCUGUGCCAUCGUCACCUACCUGCUGUCGUCGGCCGUCUGCAGAUGAUCGGCUUAACCGCCAGAUGUCGCCGCGCGCCGGGGGCACGGAGCGUCCUUUAUUUACCGAGCAUUCCGUUUUAUUGUAACACGACAUUCCAGUCACGGAUACCGGAUAAAAAUGUAUUUCUUCGUUAUUUUAAUGUUUACUUUAUAAAGUCAGAAAUCUAAUUUGUUACUCAAGUUAUUUGAUUAGUAUAAUUAAAUGUGCAAAUCCUUUUGGCAUGUAAUACAGUUUCAAUAUUGAAAGAGGACUCGUUGCUCGCUCUCUUUUACUGUUAGCACGAAUAUCAGUUUAUAGAUAGGUACAUAUAGACGGACAGAUUGAGUUACUUUAUUAAUUUAGAAGUGGAUCUCUUCCGACACUGACACGGUGAAGUAAAUUGUGAUAAUAUUGUGUUGUUGUAAUAUUAAACAUUUACUAGAACUAGUACAGCUCCGACCCCAUCGAACGUUGUAGACUUAAUAUUAAAAUAAUAAUAGAAAUAAUUUAGGAAUUGUUAUUAAAUUGUCAUUUUUGCAAAAUUUGUGAUUAUUACGACGGUCAGUAUUAUUAUGUGUUUUAUUUUAAAUGAAAUGUGAUUUCGUUGAACAAUGCUCAUUAAGUUACAAGAAAUUAGUUUAAUUUUGGAAACGUAAUGAACAAUUUUGUUGACGAAUUAUUGUUUAAGACACAAGUGAAUGUAAAACAUUUUUUGUAAAUAAAGUAAACUAUACGUAAUAAUGUAGAAUAAAUAAAGUUUAUAUCAGAUCGCAUUGUAAAUAUUUCGUAUUGUUGUAAAUACAAAAUAAAUGAGUUUAAUGAUAAGAUUGGAUAAUGAAGUACCUAGUCGUUCUACCAUUGAGUGGUGAAAAACUGUUUUUCUUAAUUUGUUCUUAGAACAACCUAUUUAUCUAAACUAAAGCCUCUUUUCAUUGGAAAUGGAAAGUUUGAAUGAAUAAAACAUGUUGGCAGUAUGUGUACUUUUAGUUCAGUUUGUGGGAAGAAUGUCUGUGAAACAUAAAAUAAUUUUGAAUCUUGUUACCGAGCGAGUAAUGUUAUAAAUAACUUUAAAACAUUUAAGUUAUUAUUACAUCAUAAUGCGGUCAUGAUAAGAUAUUAUCUUAUAAAUGUAACGCUUACCCUGUCUUCAGUGUUUCCGUUGCGUAUAUUAUAAGGUCUAUUAACGCGAAUAAUACCACUCAACAUCCUCCACCCCCGCCCUGCUUUACUCCCUAACUAAUACGAGACUCACCUGUGGGUGUUGCAGUGUCAAAUAAGUUUGUGUUGAGAAUUACAAACAGACAACUUGCCCAACAAGCCUACGGUGAAACUUUGCCUUCACGAGCUCACGCCACUGCCGCGCCGCCCCGCCGCUGUAUCAAACUCACUGCUCUCAUGUCAUAAAUAUUCUAAAUAUAAUGUACCGCAAUCUCAGUUUCCAAUGACAAGAGGCUUGAACCUGUAAUUACUAGGGAAUAACGACAAAUAAUUAUUAAGAAUCUAUUGACUGUUUUCCACUAAAACUUUUAUGUAUAAAUUGAAUUUUCAUCGCAGGUAAUAGAAUUUAAUUUUCAUGUUAAUCUAGACCCGUACAGAGUCAAUUUACGCUGCGUAAAACGAGACUUAUUAGGUUUACGGCGAAGUAAAUUUGGGGUUAUUUAAGGUGGAGUGUCUAAUUGAUUUUCUCGCGUCGCUCGUUACUUACGCGGCGUACAUUGAGCGCGUACCAUUUGACUCGACGCCCGCGCCGCACCGCGCCGCGCCGCG